AUGUCCGGCUAUGACCCACGCAUAGCCUCAGACACAGACUCCGAAUCUGAAUCUGAUGGCGGCAUGCAACUCGACGACCUAGACCUAGACCGCGUCGACGGUCUACCAAUGUACGACAGCGAUGGUUUCCCCCUUGACGGAGACAUUCCAAACGUGGAUGGUGAAGCGAUGUACCGCCCUUCGUCAGAUGAUGAUGUGUGGGGCGUAAACGGAAAUAGUUCAAAUGGAUCAGACUCGGGAAGAUUCUCCGGCCGUGCCCAGAAUCCCUUCACAACAUCCUACAACCGCGCCGGUCCGGAUGGCAUUACAGAACCAGAAACCGCCUUCGAAAAAGAUGCGCACACACGCUCGCAUAUCCGCGACGAAAAACACGCCGCUCUGGCUGUCCUCAUGGACAGUGAGUUAUUAGUUACAUAUGCGCUUGCCUCGCGAGAAACAAUCCCCCAAACCCGUCGCCGCUUCCUGGCAAAAUACCUCGCUCCCAAUGACCCGGAAAAAGCCGAAGAACUCUAUGACCCGCGGUUCUAUAUCGCGCCUGAUGGGAAGGGCGGUGAAGGAUCGCUCAUUCGUGGUCGGUAUCGGGAGGUCAUUGGGGAUAUUAAUCAUCAUAAUUGGCAUAAGCCUGCGCAUUUGAGGGCUUUGGAUGCGAAGAAGGCGAAGGGUGGGUCGCGGUCUGUUUCGGCUGGGUCUUUUUCGGGGGCGAAUUCACCAAGAGUUGGGGAGGGUGGGACUUCGUUGGUUGGGAGUCGAGGUCGGGGUCAAGAUGUGGAGGAUGAGGAUGAGGAGCUAUGA